AUCUGGCUCGGGGAGGGCGGGUCUUCGGAUAGAGACGUCAUUACAACGCGACUGUUGGCUGUAGGUGGAGCGCUGGCAAAAUGGUGGUCAUGGCGCGACUUUCCCGGCAGGAGCGGCCGGACCUUGUCUUUGAUGAAGAAGACCUCCCCUAUGAGGAGGAAAUUAUGCGGAACCAGUUUUCUGUCAAAUGCUGGCUCCGCUACAUUGAGUUCAAGCAGGGGGCCCCGAAGCCCCGGCUCAAUCAGUUGUACGAGCGCGCGCUGAAGCUGCUGCCCUGCAGCUACAAACUCUGGUACCGCUACCUGAAGGCACGCCGGGCCCAGGUGAAGCAUCGCUGUGUGACUGAUCCUGCCUAUGAAGAUGUCAACAACUGCCACGAGAGGGCCUUCGUUUUCAUGCACAAGAUGCCACGUCUAUGGCUAGAUUAUUGUCAGUUCUUGGUGGACCAGGGCCGUAUCACUCACACACGCCGCACUUUCGACCGUGCCCUCCGGGCGCUGCCUAUCACACAGCACUCUCGUAUUUGGCCUCUGUACUUGCGCUUCCUGCGCUCACACCCGCUACCUGAGACAGCCGUGCGGGGCUACCGGCGCUUCCUCAAGCUGAGCCCUGAGAGCGCAGAGGAAUACAUCGAGUACCUCAAGUCAAGUGACCGGCUGGACGAGGCUGCACAGCGCCUGGCCACCGUGGUGAAUGAUGAGCGCUUCGUUUCCAAGGCUGGCAAGUCCAACUACCAGCUGUGGCACGAGCUCUGUGACCUCAUCUCCCAGAACCCGGACAAGGUGCAGUCGCUCAACGUGGACGCCAUCAUCCGAGGGGGCCUUACCCGCUUCACAGACCAGCUGGGCAAGCUCUGGUGUUCACUGGCCGACUACUACAUCCGCAGUGGCCAUUUUGAGAAGGCUCGGGACGUGUACGAGGAGGCCAUCCGGACUGUGAUGACCGUGCGGGACUUCACCCAGGUGUUUGACAGCUAUGCCCAGUUCGAGGAGAGCAUGAUUGCAGCAAAGAUGGAGACCACCUCGGAGCUGGGGCGGGAAGAAGAGGAUGACGUGGACUUGGAACUGCGCCUGGCCCGCUUUGAGCAGCUGAUCAGUCGGCGGCCCCUGCUCCUCAACAGCGUCUUGCUGCGCCAGAACCCGCACCAUGUCCAUGAGUGGCACAAGCGUGUGGCCCUGCACCAGGGCCGCCCCCGGGAGAUCAUCAACACGUACACGGAGGCUGUGCAGACAGUGGACCCCUUCAAGGCCACGGGCAAACCCCAUACGCUGUGGGUUGCAUUUGCCAAGUUUUAUGAGGACAACGGGCAGCUGGAUGAUGCCCGCAUCAUCCUGGAGAAGGCCACCAAGGUGAGCUUCAAGCAGGUGGAUGACCUGGCCAGCGUGUGGUGCGAGUGUGGGGAGCUGGAGCUCCGGCAUGAGAACUACGACCAGGCCUUGCGGCUGCUGCGGAAGGCAACAGCACUGCCCGCCCGCCGGGCUGAGUAUUUUGAUGGCUCGGAGCCUGUGCAGAACCGUGUGUACAAAUCGUUAAAGGUGUGGUCCAUGCUUGCCGACUUGGAGGAAAGCCUUGGCACCUUUCAGUCUACCAAGGCUGUGUAUGACCGUAUUCUGGACCUGCGCAUCGCUACCCCCCAGAUCGUCAUCAACUACGCCAUGUUCCUGGAGGAGCACAAGUACUUCGAGGAGAGCUUCAAGGCGUAUGAGCGUGGCAUCUCGCUGUUCAAGUGGCCCAAUGUGUCUGACAUCUGGAGCACCUAUCUGACCAAAUUCAUCGCCCGCUAUGGGGGCCGCAAGCUGGAGCGGGCUCGGGACCUCUUUGAGCAGGCGCUGGAUGGUUGCCCCCCCAAAUAUGCAAAGACCCUGUACCUGCUGUACGCACAGCUGGAGGAGGAGUGGGGCCUGGCCCGGCACGCAAUGGCCGUGUACGAGCGCGCCACCCAGGCCGUGGAGCCCGCCCAGCAGUACGAGAUGUUCAACAUCUACAUCAAGCGGGCAGCGGAGAUCUAUGGAGUCACCCACACCCGUGGCAUCUACCAGAAGGCCAUUGAGGUGCUGUCGGACGAGCACGCCCGGGAGAUGUGCCUGCGGUUUGCGGACAUGGAGUGUAAGCUUGGAGAGAUUGACCGCGCCCGGGCCAUCUACAGCUUCUGCUCCCAGAUCUGUGACCCUCGGACAACUGGGGCCUUCUGGCAAACAUGGAAGGACUUCGAGGUACGGCAUGGCAACGAGGACACCAUCCGGGAGAUGCUGCGUAUCCGCCGAAGCGUGCAGGCCACUUACAACACACAGGUCAACUUCAUGGCCUCGCAGAUGCUCAAGGUGUCGGGCAGUGCUACAGGCACUGUGUCCGACCUUGCCCCCGGGCAGAGUGGCAUGGAUGACAUGAAGCUACUAGAGCAGCGGGCAGAGCAGCUGGCAGCCGAGGCUGAGCACGACCAGCCCCCACGGGCCCAGAGCAAGAUCCUGUUCGUGAGGAGCGAUGCAUCCCGGGAGGAACUGGCUGAGCUAGCGCAACAGGCCAACCCGGAGGAGAUCGAGCUGGGCGAGGACGAGGACGAGGAUGAGAUGGACCUGGAGCCCAAUGAGGUGCGGCUGGAGCAGCAGAGUGUGCCGGCUGCUGUGUUUGGGAGCCUGAAGGAGGACUGAUGGCGCACUGCCCGCCCCCGCCCCCACCCCCCUCACAAUGAAGCCUGUUUGUAUGACUUGG